AUGCCCCGCGCAGUUGAUGUCGAGCCAUCUCCUCAACGGGGUUCUCCGCCAAUGAAGCCGCGGGCACGUCACAGCAGCUCGCAGAGAUCGUGGCCUUGGGAGGGGGUUAUCGCGGACAUCACACAACUCUCGUGGGACAUCGCCAGGCAACUCCGCUGCAUUCGCGGCGGAGUGGCAAGAGGGGAAGACAGGCCUGCUCCGUUCCUCACACCUCCGAGCUCCGGCAUUGUGUAUACGAGUACAUUCGACCCAGGUCCGCCGAAGCUAAACCUGCCCUGA